AUGACACACAUCUCCUCAGAAGCAUCUCCCCUUCUCUCUCCAGAACCCGCCAUUGAGCGAUCCAUCUCCUACAAUAACUCACAAGCCUACGACCCUCGCACACUACACCCCAACCACAGCAAACAUGAGGAAUGCCAUGUCGACUACAGCGACGUCCUCCGCGACGUCAUCAUCGGCUUCUCAGACGGCCUCACAGUUCCUUUCGCCCUAACCGCAGGCCUUUCCAGUCUCGGCAGCGCAAAGGUCGUCAUCAUCGCCGGCCUCGCUGAGUUGUUCUCCGGCAUGAUCAGUAUGGGACUGGGCGCCUACCUAGCAGCAGUGACAGAACGCGAUGCCUACCAUUCGCAAGCAGGCAAGAAAGUGUUCGCAGUGCAGAACAGACCUGCUGAUGAGAGGACGGGUGUGUAUGACGUGCUGGAGAAGUACAGCGUUUCGCGCAGUGCUGCGGCGCCUUUGGUGGAUGAGCUGUGCAAAAACCCCAGCGAAUGGGUACGCUUCAUGAUGGACUUUGAACUCAAGCUCGAAGAGCCCAACGUGCAUCGCGCAUGGAUCUCCGCAGUGACCAUGGGCCUGAGCUACUUCAUCGGCGGCCUGAUCCCCAUGAUCCCUUACUUCGUUAUGCCUCGUGUGCGCGAAGCCCUGCUGGUCUCGAUUGGCAUCACAGUCGCCGUGCUCCUGGUCUUCGGGUAUGUCAAGAACUACGUUGCCAUUCGGAACCACCGGGCGGGAGUCUGGGGCGCUGUGCAGACGCUGUUUAUCGGCAUGUUGGCAGCUGGAACGAGUUAUGCGAUUGUACGGGGUCUGGAUAGCAACGAUUCGUGA